GAGCACCAGAACUUUUACUCCAGUGACAUGUCCUUGGGCUACCUGGUACUUUCUGUGAAGUAUGAACAGAUCGAGAAACAGGAAAAUCUACGACUGUUGCUGAGGACUCGGACUGGCACCAAACAUGACCUGAUCCCCAUUUCCUGUCUGAAUGAGUUUCCCAAUGCUGUCCAGAUGGCAAAGCUACUCUGUGAGGAUGUGAAUGUUGAACGCUUCUUUCCUGUCCUCUACCCCAAGGCUUCACAGCUUAUUGUUGCGUUUGAUGAACAUGUCAUAAGCAAUAACUUCAAAUUUGGGGUCAUCUACCAGAAACCUGGACAGACGACCGAAGAAGAAGUCUUCAGUAACACAGAAGAGAGUCUGGGUUUCCUGGAGUUCUUGGAUUUCCUUGGUGACAAGAUUCAACUGCAGGAUUUCCGUGGGUUCCGGGGAGGCUUGGAUGUUACCAGAGGUCAAACGGGCACUGAGUCAGUCUAUACAAAUUUCCGGGGCAAGGAGAUUAUGUUUCAUGUGUCUACAAAGCUGCCCUUCACAGAGGGAGAUUCCCAGCAGCUUCAGCGGAAGCGUCAUAUUGGGAAUGACAUUGUAGCCAUCAUCUUCCAGGAUGAAAGCACACCUUUUGUUCCUGAUAUGAUUGCUUCUAAUUUCCUACACGCUUAUGUGGUAGUUCAGCUCACUCAUGGCACCUCUGGGGAGACUCUCUACAAGGUUUCGGUCACAGCCCGAGAUGAUGUCCCCUUCUUUGGACCCCCUCUGCCAAAUCCAGCCAUAUUUAAAAAGAGUGCAGAGUUUCGUGAAUUCCUCCUGGUGAAGCUCAUCAAUGCUGAGUACAGCUGCUAUCGAGCUGAGAAAUUUGCUAAAUUAGAGGAAAGAACUCGGAGUGCCCUCUUGGAGAGCCUUUUUGAGGAGCUGCAGCUUCGCAGCCGCAGUAUGAUGGGUUUACCCAUAGGGGAGGAUGACAAGAUAGAGAAUGGCAGUGGAGGCUUCCUCGAGAAUUUCAAG